UCCACCUUGAAAACCAUCCCCAUCACAUGGCCGUUUGCCGUAUGGGGCUUGGAUAUGGUGGGCCCAUUCAGAACAGCGCGAGGCGGCAUGACUCAUCUCUUGGUGAUGAUUGACAAAUUCACUAAGUGGAUCGAAGCCAAGCCAAUAAAGAAGCUGGACGGCUCCACAGCCGUCACAUUCCUCAAGGAAAUAAUCGUAAGAUACGGCUACCCCCACAGCAUCAUCACCGACAACGGCAGCAACUUCGCCGAAGGCAUUUUCAAACGCUACUGUGGGGAGAUGGGGAUCCGAAUGGACCUAUCGUCCGUGGCGCACCCGGAGUCAAACGGCCAAGUGGAGAAAGCAAAUGGCUUGAUCCUAGCUGGCAUCCGGCCCCGGCUGGUGGAGCCGCUUGAGCGCUCAGCUGGUUGUUGGAUUGAGGAGCUGCCCAGCGUACUAUGGAGCCUGCGCACGACGCCAAACCGCUCAGUCGGCUUCACACCCUUCUUCCUCAUAUAUGGGGCCGAAGCCGUCCUACCAACUGACAUCGAGCACGAUGCGCCAAGGAUCAAGCUAUACACAGAAGCUGAAGCCAAAGAGGCUCGCGAAGAUGGAGUCGACCUGGUUGAAGAGGUCCGGCUGAUGGCCGAAUCCAGGUCCUCCGUAUACCAGCAAAGCCUCCGACGCUAUCACAGCCGGAAGGUCCAGUCCUUAGCAUUCCGAGAAGGAGACCUAGUGCUCCGGCUGAUCACUGAUGAAACUUCCAGUGGGGAUGUCGAGGAAGUUCUGAUGCCCUCCGCAACUCUGGAGGGCUGUGAUUUCUCAGGCUUGCUGUCGUUCGAUCCUGAACCUAUCGAGCCGGACCACUCCACAGCACAAAUCCAGCCUCACGUCCCAGUGACGCUGCAGUUGAAGCUCUGGCCAGUUGGCAAGGAUGAUGAUGACAAGGUCGAGAUCGCAGAGGUGGAUCACUUAGCCAAGGUACUGUACUUGAACAUCGGCAUCGCCAUGACUGAUGUUGACUUCUUCCAGCUCGUCAGCCGACGUGAAGCCGGAGGCCGCGACCGAUGCGCGGGACUCGCACGUGGGGCUGCCGCGUCUCUGCGGGAGGAGGUGGCGGCCUUGAAGCAGCAGCACGCCAAAGAACUUGCUGCGGAGAAGGAGGCGUCCGAGGGCAUCGUCCUGGCGGUGCAGGCCGAGAAGACCAACUUCGAGGCUUUCGUCAGGGAGAUGUCGCGGCAGAUUCUUGGUACGUGCGACUUCGUGGAGACGGCGACUCCACGGGAAUGCCUGUCGACCGCGACCGCGCGUAUCAUCGCCUGCGCGGGGAGAUACUUGCCGCGCUCCAGUACCCGAGCCCGCGGGAGGUGA